AUCACAUGAGAGCAAAAUGGCGGAAGAGACGAAAAACACUAUUGCUUUGCUCAAUGGCUUAGCUAGAAGAACAUAUUACAAAGAGGAUGAAAUUACGGACGAAUUUUUGAAGAGCCAGAUUUAUCCUGAAAUGAGCGAUGAAGAUUUCAACAGACUUGUAUCCAGAUUUUCUGGACUAAUGAAGAAUAUGGUAUCCGCUGAUAUGGAUUUCAACCAAUUAGAAGCUUUUGUUGUGUCGCAAACAAAACGACGUGAAGGAGCUCUCACCGAAGAUCAAGCGAAUGCAUUGCGAAGGUUCUGGAGAUCACAUAAAAACAAAAUACAUGAUAGUUUAGUGGUUAACACAAACUGGAACAAUAGUUUAAAACAAGUGUCAUGGAGAAUAGAUGUAAAAUCACAGUCCAAAAAUGUGGAUCAAAUAAAUGAACCAACCGCCAUCAUGGAACUGCAGUUACAAGGGGGAGGCAACACAAAGAAUACUGAGGUUGUUCAGUUUGAAAUGGAUGAAAAUAAAUUGAUGACAGUUUUACAAAGUAUGAAGGACAUUGAGAGUGAAAUCGGCAAAUACAGUCAACAGUGAAUUAUAUUUAGAUUUAAUAUGUUGUAAUAUUUUAUUUAAUAAAUCAUUUAAUGAAAAGCCAUUAAGUGAA